CUAAACAAGGUUUUUCAUCUGUUUGUCCUUAAAAAAAGAUGCAAAUAUUUGUUUAAAUUUAUAAUAAUUAUUUGUGCAUCAUCGUAAAACACUUCAUUGCAAUGUUGUGUCUUUCCAAGACAAAAUGAAAGUGUUUUUAAUAUUGUCUUUGUGUGCGGUUAUUGCUUCAACACAAGACACAUGUGGUAACAUAGCCGGAACGUUUAGAAGGCAAGACUCGACAUGUCGCAAGUACUUUAAGUGUGUGAGCUACAAUGGAAAAAUCCUGCAGAGUAACUACACUUGUCCGACCGGAAAGCCUUUCAACCCCACAACCAAACUCUGUGAUCCGAAUAUGGUGUGUAUACAAGAUAUUUGCUUGCGAGAUGUCAAUACUGAAGCUGGCGAUCUUUUACCUGAUCCUAACAAUGCAAAAUGCACUACUUAUAUAGAGUGUGUUAGUUUUAAUGGUGGCUUGAUUCCAAUUCUUGAAACUUGUCCAACGGGAUAUUUUAACCAAAUAGUUAGUGCUUGUGUAGCUACGGGGGAUUGUUCAUGAUUAUUUUAUAUAUAAAAAUAAAAAUAAGCAAUAAAUCAUUAUGAUAAUAACAACCAUUGUAGGCUAUAAAUAAAGAUAUUAUUCUAUCUUGGUUUAAAUUUAA